AAAGCCCCAAAUCCUUCCCUCUACCUCUCAUUUCCUCCGUUCUCGUUAUUCUUCGGCUUCUUCUUCCUCCGUGUCCCCCGCGAUCUCACUCGUCUCUCCUCGGCGAGAGGCGUCGCUGUGGGUGAGCUAGGGCACGCACCCUCUCCUCUUCGCAUCGGGGGGGAGAGGGAUCGAACGACCAUGGCGGCGUCGCCCGAUCGCGCGGAGCUCGCCAAGAUCUGCGGCUCCCGCAACUGGUCCAAGGCCAUCCGCGUCCUCGAUGCCCUCCUCGCCCAAUCCUGCUCCAUCCAAGAUAUCUGUAAUCGGGCGUUCUGCUACAGCAAAUUGGAGCUCCACAAGCACGUGAUCAAGGAUUGCGACAAGGCGUUGCAGCUCGAUCCCACUCUUCUUCAAGCUUACAUCCUUAAAGGUAAUGCUUUAUUGGCUUUGGGAAGAAAAGAGGACGCUUCGCUUGUUUGGGAGCAGGGUUAUGAGCAUGCGCUUCGAGAUUCAAAAGAUCUGAAGCUAUUGCUGGAGUUGGAAGACCUUCUGGCUAGUGUUAAACAAUCUAAACCUGUUGUUUGUCAAGACCAUGCCUUGGAUACAUCACCAUGCGAUACAAAAGUUGUCGUAUCUGAAGUCUCUGUUGUGCAUUCUGACACUAUUCCAACGGCUGAUAUGAAAACUGUUGUCUGUGAAGAACAAGUUGUAGAUUCAUCUAGUAAAGUAAUGAUGAACAGUGAUUCCGGGUCUGAAAUUGACAAUACUUCAGGAUCAGAGGAUAUGUAUGAAAUAACCAGUCAACCUAGUAAUAGCCAGGAGAUAAUCAGAAGGUGCAAUGAAACCAUAAAACCAGACCAUAAGCUAUUUGUUACAAAUAUCUCAAAGAGCAAGUCAAUAAGCUUGGAUUUCCGAUUAUCUCGUGGCAUAGGCCAGGUAAAUGAAGGAAAUUAUGACCAGGCAAUAUCCAUAUUUGACCAGAUACUGAGAGAAACUCCUAAAUAUCCUGAGGCUCUGAUAGGAAGAGGUACAGCUUAUGCAUUUCAAAGAGAACUUGACGCUGCUAUUGCCGACUUUACUAAGGCUAUACAAUACAAUCCAUCUGCUGGAGAAGCAUGGAAGCGGCGGGGACAAGCACGAGCUGCAAUUGGAGAAUUCAUGGAGGCCAUUGAAGACUUGUCUAAGGCAUUGGAAUUUGAGCCAAGUUGUUGUGAUAUUCUACAUGAAAGGGGCAUUGUUAAUUUUAAAUUCAAGGACUACAAUGCAGCCGUAGAAGACCUUUCUGCAUGUGUUAAUCACGAUAGGAAAAACAGCUCUGCUUACACAUAUUUGGGUCUGGCUUUAUCAGCAAUUGGUGAGUAUCAAAGAGCUGAAGAGGCACAUCUUAAAGCAAUACAACUUGAUGAAAAUUUUCUUGAGGGAUGGGCCCAUCUUGCCCAGUAUUACCAAGAUCUAGCGAAUCAGGAGAAGGCCUUGCAUUGCCUUGAAAAAGUAUUGCUUGUUGAUAAAAGCUAUGCUAAAGCAUAUCACUUGCGUGGACUACUCUACCAUGGAAUGGGGCUGCACAGGAUGGCCAUUAAAGAUUUAUCUCUUGGGUUGAGUUUUGAAAGUUCAAAUAUUGAAUGCUUAUAUUUACGUGCCUCAUGCUAUCAUGCUAUUGGAGAUUUCAAAGCUGCGGCCAGGGACUAUGAUUCUGUCCUCGAUCUGGAACUUGAUUCUGUGGAUAAAUUUGUGCUACAGUGUUUGGCAUUCUAUCAGAAGGAAAUUGCUUUAUACACUGCUUCGAGGGCCAACUUUGAGUUCUCUCAGUUUAAUAUUGAUGGUGAUGUUGAUCCUCUCUUCAAGGAAUACUGGUGCAAAAGACUUCAUCCAAAAAAUGUUGCCGAAAGGGUUUUUCGGCAACCUCCCCUUCGAACUUCCUUGAAAGGUGGACGCAUUAGCAAGAAAGAAUUUAAUUUGACGAAGCAUCAAGACAACCUUCUUCAAGCAGCAGAUUCAAUCGGAAAGAAGAUUCAAUAUAACUGUCCAGGCUUCUUACCAAAUAAACGUCAGUAUCGCAUGGCUGGUUUAGCUGCUAUUGAGAUAGCUCAAAAGGUUGCAAAGGCUUGGCGUGGUCUUCGAAAUGUGAAAAAGAGUGGGAAACAAACCAGGAAAAAAGAAAAGCUUGGUAUAGUGAGUCAAAACAGAGGCGGUGGCUGUUGUAGCUCUAGCAGCUCGUCAGACACAUCAACCUCAUAUAGCUUAAAUGAGGACAGGCAUGCCUCUGGCCGUACUACAUCAUGGCAGGAUAUUUACCAUAUAGCUGUUAAGUGGAGGCAGAUUUCUGAACCAUGCGACCCUGUUGUUUGGGUAAACAAGUUGAGUGAGGAGUUCAAUUCUGGAUUUGGUUCGCACACCCCUAUGCUUCUUGGACAAGCGAAAGUGGUCCGCUACUAUUCAAACUACGAAAGGAUAUUAGAUACUGCCAAGAGUGUAAUAAAAGAGAGGAAGUAUGUGAAUAUUGUGGAGGAUAAAUCAGUUGACCCCUCAGCACUUGUGGAAUCAGAAAGAAUUUCAAAUGCAGUAUCUUGCUCCGACUUAUACAAUGUAGUUGGAGAGAACUUCUGGGUGGCUACUACAUGCAACAGUACAGCAUUUGAAGGAAAGCCUCUUGAAGGGACAAGGAUUACUGUUCAAAAGAUGGACAAAAUAGGAUUUGAUUUUGCUAUCAGAACACCUUGUACACCAUCUAGAUGGGAGGAAUAUGAUGCAGAAAUGGCUGCCGCAUGGGAGGCCCUGUGCACUGUCUAUUGCGGUGAACUAUUUGGCUCAAAUGAUGUCAAUAUGCUUGGUGAUGUAAAGGAUGCUAUACUUAGAAUGACCUAUUAUUGGUACAACUUCAUGCCGCUCUCGAGAGGGUCUGCUGCUGUGGGUUACACUGUUCUGCUCGGGUUAUUUCUUGCAGCCAACAUGGAAGUGACCGCGAGCAUCCCACCUGGCAUGCAGGUCGAUUGGGAAGCCAUUCUGACUUCCAAUCCAGAAGCCUUUUCGGAAAUCAUUAAGAAAUGGCUUUAUCCGUCAAUCAAAUUCAACCGGUCUUGGAAAGAUUACCCAGAUGUUACUUCUACCUUCUCUACAACUGGAUCAAUUAUUGCCGCCCUAAGUUCGUAUAAAAAUGAAACUCAAUAGGUUUGAGGUAAUGCUCAUCAAGCCAGCAGAUGCACAAGAACAUUCCGAGAGAGAAUUCAUCCUCGACUAAUUCGUGCUUUUAUCCCUAAUAUCCUCUCUAUCUCUUGGUAUGCGGUUUCACUGUACAUUCUGUUAAGUAGCAUAAUCAGUCCCCUUAAAUUUGUGGGAAGUACGUUGUUUCUAAAAAUAUAGAAUAAAUUAUUCUAAUGCUUUGAAAGCUCGUGAAAUUGUCUGAA